GUUGUUCAGAGCUGAGAACAGACUGAAAAAUUCUGGAUUUCUACCUUCGUCAGGCCCGGGGUACCGGCCGCCAUCUUUAUAGGGGGCAAUGUGCAGCAGGGCGCAUGCGCGAUCAUCCUGGUCCAGAUAGCAGGAGGAGAGAAUGUUGUGAAUUUCUAUCCUGGACGAACAGGGAUGGAUUUUGGAAACUCCUUUUACAGGGAGUUAGAAGAGGAGGAUUUACACACAGCAAACUCAAACCAAGAGAAUCCUUUCAGGAUUUCUGUCCUGGAUUGACAGUGAUGGAUCUUGUGUACUCCAUUUACAGGAUUUUAGAAGAGGAGGGGAAACUCAAGGGAGAUGAGAAACUCAAACCAAACAGCACAUCAACAUCUGAAAGUCACUUGAUUCCUCAGCACCUUAAUAUCACCAGCCUUUGAAUGAUAUUAGAAGGGGAGGAUUUAUCAUCAGGAAACUGAAACCAAACAUCACUUCAGACUUUGAUGGAGUCGCCCAUUCUAUCGUAACCUGAAUAUCAUUGGAUUUUGAACAUGGAGGGAAAAAGCACCGUUCACAGUGGAGAGAAACCGUACACGUGUUCUGUGUGUGGACGAGGCUUCAGUCGAUCAUCUGACCUGUCAAAACACAAGCACAGUCACAACCGGGAGAAACCGUGGAAAUGUGGGGAUUGUGGGAAGGGAUUCAAUUACCCUUCCCUGCUGGAAAUUCAUCGGCGCAGUCACACUGGAGAGAAGCCAUUCACCUGUUCCAAGUGCUGGAAGGGAUUCACUCGGUUGUCCCACCUGUUGACUCACAAGCGAGUUCACACUGGGGAGAGACCUUUCACCUGCUCUGAGUGUGGGAAGGGAUUUACGGAUUCAUUCAACCUGCUGACACACCAGCGAGUUCACACUGAGGAGAGACCUUUUAAAUGUCCAGACUGUGGGAAGUGCUGCAUAAGUUCUGGGAAUCUGAUGUCCCAUCAACGUCUUCACACUGACGAGAGACCGUUCAGGUGCUCUCACUGUGGGACCGGGUUCAGAUGGUCAUCUCACCUCACUGAACACCAGCGCAGUCACACUGGGGAGAGUCCAUUCACCUGCUCAGAAUGUGGGAAGGAAUUCACUCAGUCAUCCCACCUGCUGGCACACCAGCGAGUUCACACUGGGGAGAGACCAUUCACCUGCUCCGAGUGUGGGAAGGGAUUCACUCAGUCAUCCCAACUGCUGAGACACCAGCAGGUUCACAAGUAACUACAGUGAUUGGAUGUUGUUGUGAAAUUCCAUCCGGGACUAACCAUGUUCAUUUGGGGCUGUUUCUGCUGAUGUUAAUAAACUACAGCCCAGUUAUAGGGGUUGAUAUUCUGGAUAAAAGUCAAAUAAAUCAGCUUUGUGUU